AACGUAUAUCGUCAUAAGUAAAGUUACGUUCUCAACAAUUUUUAAAUACAUUACUUCAAUUAUGGCUUGCCUUUUGCGAUAUUUGCAGCAUCCGGCCUUAGCUUUAAAGCAUUCAUUUCUUCCAACACCACAACAUGGAAGAUUUUUCAAUGUGCCAAAGUUUAAUAAGCAAUUUUUGUUCAGACACUUCUCCGCGUCGGCGGAUGCCAACGAUCAUGAUGAAAGAAAGGAACCCGGCUCAGAUUAUUCACCUCCGAAAAAAUGCGAAGAUGAGCAGGAUGAAGAAAAAGCUAGGCCAUUAUCUGCUGGUUGUGGAGGUUUUGGAGAAGUAGAGCAGGAUAAAGCGGAUUCCAAAGGAACAGCAUGUCAAGAUAUGUGA